UUUGUGCUUUCUCUGCCGUAACGGUCCUCCGAGGCAAGACGUAACUCCAAAGUGGGCGCGAAUGUUUUUGUGACACCCCUGAUGUAAGGCAAACUUGUCUGAACACGAAACCUUGGAAACAGUAGGGCGGAUGCAAUUGUAGCUUUUUGCUGAUUGGAUAACCGCAUCCCCGCACCUCCUGACCAAUCAUUGAGCAGCUUUGUUGUGUAUAAGUACGCUGCUUCGCGAAAGAGUGGGUACUGUCAAAUUCAAAUCCUUAAAUUGUAAUUAUUAAAAACUAACUAUGUCAGGGCGUGGUAAAUCUGCCAAAUCUAGGGCGAAGUCCAAGAGUCGUUCUUCCCGUGCUGGUCUUCAGUUUCCGGUGGGUCGUGUCCACAGACUUCUCAGGAAAGGUAAUUAUGCCCGACGGAUCGGCGGCGGCGCUCCCGUCUACCUGGCGGCUGUACUAGAGUACCUGACUGCCGAGAUUUUGGAGCUGGCCGGUAACGCGGCCCGCGACAACAAGAAAACGAGAAUCAUCCCUCGUCAUCUGCAGCUGGCGGUCCGUAACGACGAGGAGCUCAACAAACUCCUUGGCGGAGUCACCAUAGCCCAGGGUGGCGUGUUGCCUAACAUUCAGGCUGUUCUGCUGCCCAAGAAGACCGAGAAAGCCAAGCCUAAUGAUGUUUCCAAAAGUCAUCACUGGCAGUACUCGCUUCAAUCAAGAGCAUGCCUAACUUCUUUGGUGAGUAAACAAUUAUCAUUUUCACUAGAAAAAUCUGAAUUGAACAUGAUGCUGCCAUCGAAGAGAGAAGGCCAAGACAAGUCUUCUGUACCGCCCACCAAGAUACAGAGGGAGGGGCGUGGCCAUAUUAAUUUCCAAUGGGCAUUUCUGACAGGGUUAGGUGCUGAUAUGCCCAAAACAAACUGGUAAAAAUUUCUUAUAAAAUUUCCCCUAUUAAAUCUAGAAUGUGCUUUAACUGAAAUAUGUACCUGAUUGAAGUUUUAGGCAUGUGUGCUAUCACUAAAACUAAUGGAUAAGUUUGUAUCCAUUUCUUCAGCUACAAAAAACGUUACCUUAAUCCAUUAUCGUUAAACACUUUCGUCCAAACAUAAGGUCGCAGUUCUAAAUCGAA